ACUCCCAAUCUCUCAGAUAAAGCAAAAACAAACAUACAGAAAGAGAAGUAAAGAGAAAGAGAGACUCCAUGUUCGAAACAGAGCAUACUCGUCUCGUACCUCUUCUUCUUCUCCCAUCACUUUUAUCUCUUCUCCUCUUCUUAAUUCUCUUGAAGAGAAGAAGUCGACACAGUUUCAAUCUCCCUCCUGGAAAAUCCGGUUGGCCAUUUCUAGGCGAAACCAUCGGUUAUCUCAAACCUUACUCUGCCAAAACUCUCGGUGACUUCAUGCAACAACAUAUCUCCAAGUACGGGAAGAUAUACAGAUCGAAUUUGUUUGGAGAACCAACGAUCGUAUCAGCUGAUGCAGGACUCAACAGGUUCAUAUUACAAAACGAAGGAAGACUCUUUGAAUGUAGUUAUCCUCGGAGUAUUGGUGGGAUUCUUGGGAAGUGGUCGAUGCUUGUUCUUGUUGGAGACAUGCAUAGAGACAUGAGAAGUAUCUCGCUAAACUUUCUAAGUCAUGCUCGUCUCAGAACGAUUCUUCUUAAAGACGUUGAGAAGCACACUUUAUUCGUUCUUGAUUCUUGGCAACAACAUUCUGUUUUCUCUGCUCAAGAUGAGGCCAAAAAGUUUACGUUUAAUCUAAUGGCGAAGCAUAUAAUGAGUAUGGAUCCUGGAGAAGAAGAGACAGAACAGUUAAAGAAAGAGUAUGUGACUUUCAUGAAAGGUGUUGUCUCUGCUCCUCUCAAUCUCCCAGGAACUGCUUAUCGUAAAGCUCUUCAGUCACGAGGGACGAUACUGAAGUUUAUUGAGAAGAAAAUGGAAGAGAGAAAAUCAGAGAUUAAGGAAGAAGUUAACAGAGAUGAUGAAUCAGAGAUUAGUAGAAAUGAUCAUUAUGAGAGAAAACAUAGAGCAGAUGAUGAUCUUUUGGGAUGGGUUCUAAAACAUUCGAACCUAUCAACCGAGCAGAUUCUCGAUCUUAUCCUCAGUUUGUUAUUUGCCGGACAUGAGACAUCAUCUGUCUCCAUUGCUCUCGCUAUCUACUUCUUACAAGCUUGUCCUAAAGCCGUUCAAGAAGUUAGGGAAGAGCAUCUUGAGAUCGCGAGGGUGAAGAAGGAACUUGGAGAGUCGGAAUUGAAUUGGGAUGAUUACAAGAAGAUGGACUUUACUCAGUGUGUUAUAAAUGAGACACUUCGACUGGGAAAUGUAGUAAGGUUUUUGCAUCGUAAAGCACUCAAAAACGUUCGGUAUAAAGAAAUAGGAUGCGAUAUCCCGAGAGGGUGGAAAGUGUUACCAGUGAUCUCAGCCGUACAUUUGGAUAAUUCCCGUUACGACGAACCUAAUCUCUUUAAUCCUUGGAGAUGGCAACAGCAAAACUCCGGGACGUCGUCUUCGUCAGGAUGUGGUAGUUUUUCGACGUGGGGGAACAACUUCAUGCCGUUUGGAGGAGGGCCAAGGCUAUGUGCUGGUUCGGAGUUAGCGAAGCUAGAAAUGGCGGUGUUUAUUCAUCAUCUUGUUCUUAAUUUUAACUGGGAAUUAGCAGAAGAUGAUCAACCAUUUGCUUUUCCUUUCGUUGAUUUUCCUAACGGUUUGCCAAUUAGAGUUUCUCGUAUUCUGUAAAAAGGAUAAAAAGUAGAGUAUUUUACUCUUUUUUUUAAAUAUAGUUUUAAUCAUUUUUACCCGAUGGGAAAAGAUUGGAUAAAUAAUAAUUGGAAAUCAACUUUUGGUUAGGGUUUUGUUACAAAACUUUCUUCCAAUGGGACAAAUAUAUUUUGUAUAUUAGUGGGAGAUAUUAAACAUUUCUAUUGUAUACUGGUUGGAACCCUUGGAUGUUAUUGAUUAUUGAUAUUGGCUCUGGCUGGUGAAAUCUC